UUCAUGCUUAUACCUUGACGUUGAUUUUUAGUACCCCCCCCCCCCCAAAGAGAAGCAAAUUAAUAAAUAUACAAACAUAAAAAAACACUACUUUCAAGGGAAGUUAUCUUCAGGUCUGCCACUAAAAAGGACACAAGAAAAUACCACAUGUGAACUUCUUAAGAAACCAACUACUAAGAGGCUGUGCUCUUUACAGUUUUGUGUGCUGUUUAGUUUUGAAGUGGUGAUCCUUAGAGGCGGGACUGAGCAUGGAUCAUUCAAACGAGACAACUCAGGGGAUAGAACAUUCAGAAAUGUCCAACAAUGUAAACGAUUCAAUGGGUACAGCAGCCAAAAUAGCCCGCCUUGAGCAGAAUGGGAGUCCUCUAGGAAGAGCAAGACUUGGAAGCACAGGAGGAAAAAUGCAAUGAGUGCCCCUAAGACAAUCUUCCCAUAUGAUGAGGACAAAUAUCAGAAAAGGAAACAUGCUUCUAGUUUUCUGUGUAGUGGAACAUUAUGAAAAUGUCAUUGAGUAUGAUUGCAAAGAGGAGCAUGCAGAAUUUGUAUUGGUUAGGAAGGACAUGCUUUUUAACCAGUUGAUUGAAAUGGCGUUGCUGUCUCUUGGAUAUUCUUACAGUGCAGCUGCCCAGGCCAAAGGGUUAAUCCAAGUUGGAAAAUGGAAUCCUGUCCCUCUCUCCUGUGCGACAGAUGCCCCCGAUGCUACUGUAGCAGAAAUGCUUCAAGAUGUGUUUCAUGUGGUCAUACUGAAAAUACAGCUACACAGUUGCCCUAAACUCGAAGACUUGCCACCUGAGCAGUGGUCUCACAUAACUGUAAGAAACGCUUUAAAGGACAUGCUGAAGGAUAUGAACCAGAGUUCAUUGGCUAAGGAAUGCCCCUUUUCACAGAGUAUGAUUUCUUCCAUUGUGAACAGUACUUACUAUGCAAAUGUCUCAGCAGCAAAAUGUCAAGAAUUCGGAAGGUGGUAUAAACAUUUCAAGAAGGCAAAAUAUAUGAUGGUGAACAUGGAAGAUCUAUCUGAAUUAUCUCAACAAGGCAGCAAGCAUGUGAACUUUGUUCAACAGCCUGUUCCAGGCAACAAGCCUGAAAAACCUUCAUCCCCUGUACAACUUUCUCACAACAGCCAACCAUCUGUGUGGACACCACUUCCAAACCUGCACCCAGGUCUUGUAUGUACUCCCAUUAGCCCCCAGCUAGUAAAUCAGCAGCUGGUAAUGCAAUAUGCAGUGAACAGACUAUUAGCCCAGCAGUCCUUAAACCAACAAUACUUGAACCAUACUCCUCCUGUCAGUAGACCGAUCAACCAGCCUUUGGAGCAACAGGUUUCACAUAACACAGAGGUGUCUUCCGAUAUCUACCAGUGGUUCCGUGAUGAAUUGAAACAAGCAGGAAUCUCACAAGCAGUAUUUGUAUGUGUGGCUUUCAACAGAACUCAGGUUUUAAAGACUGCUACCAUUGCAACAGAAAGGAACAGAAACCUGGAAAGCUGCACCAUGAAUAUUAAUGCUUCCAUUUAUGACGAGAUUCAGAAGGAAAUGAAGAGAGCAAAAGUAUCCCAGGCACUGUUUGCAAAGGUUGCAGCUUCUAAAAGCCAGGGGUUGCUCUGUGAACUGCUGCGAUGGAAAGACCCUUCUCCAGAAAACAGGACACUUUGGGAGAACCUCUCAAUGAUUCAACGGUUCCUCAGUCUUCCCCAAACAGAGAGAGAUGUAAUUUAUGAGCAAGAAAGCAAUGCCGCCGUUCAUCAGCACAGUGAAAGACCAUCCCAUGUUCCUACAGAGCAAAUGCAGCAAACGCAGCAGCCACAACCACCACCUCAACCACAGCAACAACCAGCUCCCAGGCUACCACCAAGGCAACCAACUGUGGCAUAUCCAGCAGAGUCAGAGGAUGAUAAUCACCAGCAACCACAUCCCCGAACAAAGAUCUCGGUGGAAGCUCUGGACAUUUUACAGAGCUUCAUACAAGAUGUAGGCCUUUAUCCAGAUGAAGAAGCAAUCCAAACACUUUCUGCGCAACUUGACCUCCCCAAGUAUACCAUUAUCAAGUUUUUCCAGAAUCAGAGAUAUUAUCUUAAACACCAUGGAAAGCUCAAAGACAAUUCUGGCUUGGAAGUGGAUGUAGCAGACUAUGAAGAUGAAGAGUUGCCUAAGGAUUAAGAAGAGGCAAUC